ACUUCAUCUAGGGUCAAUUAAAACAGACAUUGUUCGUGAUCAUCAUCCUUUAUACAUGAAAGUUGUGGCCAAAAUUUUUACAAUGACUUGUAUUUCCAUGACUCUGAAUAAUAACUUUUUGCUAAUUUACUGAAUUAAAAUUUAAAUUCAUUUUAUUUAUCAUAACAAUGUAUCGAUAUCGAAACAAACUUAUCGAUGGUAAUCACAUGUGAUAAAUACAAAUGUCAUUGCUUGUUGAAAAAUAUAAACAUUAACUUUUCGUUUGUUAUUUUUAUUUGUGAGUGAAUAUUUUUUAAUUAUCAUGGAUUACGAUAUUAUUAGAGAGGAUAUCAAAAGAAGACGGCGGGAAGCUGAGCUAGAAGAGAAUGGCAAAUCAUCUUCGGAGGAAGAAGAAAUGGAUACCUACAUUCCAGUUAAAGUAAGACGUAAAAAUCUCUAUGAAAAAUAUAGUAAAAGUCAUCAAACCAGUGAAAGCCAUAAAUACAGAUCUGAUUCCAAUGAUCAAGAAUCAAGUCAAGAUGUCGAGAGUGACGAUCAAAUCAAAGCACGAGAUAAUGUCUCUUUGUGGGAUCAACAUGCAGAAUUAAAGAAACUGGCUGAACAAAAGAAAGAUAAUGCAACUUUGGAAAAGCAGCUUGAAGAAGAGAGAAAGAUUCAAGAAGCUGUUAUAGAUAAAAGGCCUUUGAUGAGCGUUGGUGAAUUAGCAAAAGGCAUCAUAUAUACGGAUCCAAUCAAGACUGGCUGGAAGCCUCCCAGAUAUAUCAAGGAAAUGUCUAAAGCUAAAAGAGACAGAAUAUUGCAAAGGUAUCACAUUUUGGUUGAAGGAGAAGACAUUUGUCCUCCUAUCAAAACAUUCAGAGAAAUGAAAUUUCCUCGGUGUAUUUUGAGUGCACUUAAAAAGAAGGGAAUUAAAAAACCAUCACCAAUUCAAAUACAAGGAUUACCAAGUGUUCUUGCAGGUAGAGAUAUGAUUGGAAUUGCAUCGACUGGAUCAGGAAAAACUCUUGUAUUUGUCCUGCCCCUCAUCAUGUUUGCUUUAGAACAAGAAUAUCGGUUACCUUUCAUCAAAAAUGAAGGUCCUUAUGGAUUGGUUGUCUGUCCAUCUCGUGAAUUGGCCAAGCAAACCUGUGACAUUAUCAAAUAUUAUUGUGAAGCUUUAGAAGCUGAUGGUUACCCAAGAUUAAGAUCAUGUCUAUGUAUUGGAGGAGUAUCUAUAAGAGAUCAAGCUGACAUGCUUCGUCAUGGUGUUCACAUUGUUGUUGCAACUCCAGGUCGUUUUAUUGCAAUGUUGAACGAGAAAAAAGUCAAUUUGGAAGUUUGUAGAUAUCUGUGUCUUGAUGAAGCCGACAGAAUGAUUGAUUCUGGGUUUGAAGAAGACGUGAGAACCAUUUUCUCGUUCUUUAAAGGACAACGACAAACACUUCUUUUCUCCGCUACUAUGCCAAAAAGGAUUCAAAAUUUUGCCCGGAGUGCGCUUGUUAAACCUGUUACCAUCAAUGUCGGAAGAGCUGGUGCCGCUAAUCCUUUAGUAACUCAAGAUGUAGAAUAUGUAAAAGAAGAAGCCAAACUGGCUCAUAUCUUGUCAACAUUACAGAAAACACCUCCACCUGUAUUGAUCUUCGCUUCCAAAAAGUAUGAUGUAGAUGCAAUUCACGAAUUAUUAUUUGUUAAAGGAGUACAAGCAGUAGCUAUACAUGGUGAUAAAAGCCAAGAAGAAAGAAUCCAAGCUGUUGAAAGUUUUAGGAAUCAGAAAGCAGAUGUUCUCGUAGCAACUGAUGUCUCAUCUAAAGGUAUAGAUUUCGCAAAUAUCCAGCAUGUUAUCAAUUAUGAUAUGCCUGACAAUAUAGAAGAUUAUGUUCAUCGAAUCGGUCGUACCGGUCGUGGUGGGAAAAAAGGGUUUGCCUCUACAUUUGUCAACAAAUAUGUUGAUGAAUCAAUACUUCUUGAAUUGAAGCUUUUAUUAAUUGAAGCUAAACAGCAAUUACCACCAUUCUUGAUGGCUCUUAGAUCUGCCGAUGAUAAAUAUCUUCAAGCAGAAAGUGAAACUGGUUGUAUGCAUUGUGGUGGUCUUGGUCAUAUUAGUGAAAACUGUCCGAGAGUUGAAGCCGCUCAAAACAAACAAGCUUCAAGUAUCGCUAAAGGAAAAGAUUAUCUUGCUAAUUCCGCUGCUGAUUGGUGAUUUUUAUUGUAUAUAUUGGCUUAUUAUCCGAAAGUUCAUUGUAAAAUAUUCAACACGACAUUCGAAUUUUCAUUGUCUGUAUAAAAAUCUAACAAAUGUACAUAAAAUAUUUAUUUAGAACGCGAAUAAAUUGUACUUUAUCAAGAAA